CAAGACCUGAGAGACAAACCUAAGAGUCUUUUCUCUGUCUUAGAUUUUUUGGAGUCUGGAAGGACACAUUUUGGUUAUUCUGUGGGAAACCAGGCUGUGGUUGUCAACAGAGAGAAGAAUACAGUAUAUCCAUGGUUUGGUGUGUCAGUACAGAUCAUGAUGUGAAGCACAGCAGGCUGUCUAUAGAAGUGUCUACAAGAGCAAUGGUGACCAAACGAUUAAGUAGAUGGAGUUUUGGAUGCUGGAGCCAUCUGGAUUAUGUGUUUCUCCUGCUCCUGAUGCUACUGUUCCUUCCAGUAACAUCGAGCACAAAUGGCACAACAAUUGGGAUUUCAACCUUCACACCAUCUACAGAACUUUCAAAUUCAAUAACAGCGACUGGAGGAACGGCCGCUAAUAUUACCACAACAGAUUCAUCUUCAACCAAAGGUUCCAGUAACUCAUCAACAGUGCCAGUAACAACAAGCCAUGAUUUGCAAAAUACAACUACGAUGUCGGAGACCACAGUCACGUCUUCUAACAUAAGCACAAUGAUCCCAGCAACAACAUUCACUCCUGAAUCACAAAGAACUUAUAAUCAAACUGUGGAAAGCACACCAUACACAUCCACUGGAAACAUGACUUCUUUUGAACCAACACCAAACUUCACAUCCACUGGGUACACAACUUCUUUUGAAAUAACGGCAAACUUCACAUCCACUGGAAACACAACUUCUUUUGUAACAACGGCAAACUUCACAUCCACUGGAAACACAACUUCUCUUGUAACAACGGCAAACUUCACAUCCACUGGAAACACAACUUCUUUUGUAACAACGGCAAACUUCACAUCCACUGGAAACACGACUUCUUUUGAAACAACUACAAACCUCACAACAUUUACAGCAACACCCGGACCAUCCCCCUCCGCCAAUUUAACUGAUACAACACCAACCAUUAACCAAACAUCAGCAACGACAGCACCCACACCUUGUAACUUUAAUCAAAGCUGUGUAAAAGCAUUUUACUGGAUGACCGUUAAUGUAACAAGAACACUUGAAAAUGAAAUACAGAUCCGGACAUGGCUUGAGCAGCUUUACAAAAGCAAACUAAAUGCAUGUGCAGUUAUGGCAGUGGCGGCAUUUGACAGCAAAUUAUUAACAGAUGUGCCUACAAGCAUAAGUACACAGACACCCAUGUUUGAAGGCAUAGAGGUCACGUGCGAUCCAAAGAAUAGUACAAAGGAUGCACUGUGCAAUAUUCUUCUGCAGCUGAGUGCACCUGCCAAUGUUUGCUGCAUUAGUGACGCUGUUGUGAAGAUGAGCUCAGAAAAUGUCACUGUCAGAUUGGUGGGAACAAUAGAAAGAGUGGGUGUGUGUGCAAACAAUUCACCAAUUUUAUCCGGACAAUAUGACAAAUGCAGUCAGACAGCAAUCAAUAUUGAUGUAUGUGCAGCAGGACCACAGAACAUCUCAUGUGGGAACAAUACAAAUGUGAUUAUUCCACUGGCUACUGGUCUUCAGGACAUCUGUCCUACUAGUCCACCACCGCAAACAUGUAAUUGUUCCUCACGCUGCAAUAACUCAGAUUUCUACUAUUACCAUUUUAAUGUACGGUGGAACCAAUACUUGGAAUCCAACUUGGCGCCCCAGUUUUUUUUGGACUUGGCAUGCAGCAACAUGCCAUCUGCAAGUAACAGUUCGCAGACUCGCAUGUGUCACUUUCUGGACGUAGGUGUGUUUGAUUGCGUAAAAAGCAAUCAGGGCAAUACCGAGGCCCCUGCAACCAAGUGUAGUGUUAUAGUGAAACUAGACACAGCUAUGGACCCGUGUGACGUUCUCUCAAUUGUAGAGGACAUCUCUGAACUUCAGAAAAACUUCACCUUAGAUGGAGUUGUGAGCAGAGUAGCGGUCUGCUCUUAUUCUUCGGAUCCUUUAAGCCAGAAUUUCAUGUGGACCUCGUCUUUAAGUACAAAUUUCAGUUCUGAAAGCUGCAUGGAGACAGAUUUGUGGACAGAUUACUGCUUAACAGGCGUUAAUGAAGGCAGGUCAAGUAUUGUCAUUCCCCUGAAUGGCAGCUGUAAUUCAUCUGCACCCACUUUUACAAACAGUACCACAACUCCUCCUUUCACAAGUACCCCCCUCUCGAACACAACCAUCCUCAAUGCUACAACAGAGUCUGUGAAUGUAACAACUUCUCCUGCUAAUGUAACAGCCUCAGAUGCUGAAGGAUUGUUGAAGUUAAGUGCAAAUGCCUCGUCUUUAAACGGCUCUCAGGUGGACCAGAUUUUAUCACAGCUAGAGUUGCUCCUCUCUGGGCCAAGCAUCAGCCUGGCAGUGGCAAACACUUCUGUCGGUAUCGUCAACAACCUCCUUGAUGUUCCUGUAGCUGUAAUAACUCCUUUCUCAAAGAGGGCCAUUGGGGUUGUGGACACAGUGGGUCUUAAACUGGUUGUGUCAGGAACGAGUCAGUCAAUAGUUUCACAGUCACUGGCUCUGGCAGUGAAGAAAGUCGAUGGGACCAACUUUCAGGAGACGUCCUUCUCCCUAACUGAAGCAUCUAGCGUGCAGAUUCGAAGUAACCCCAGCAUGGAGACUGAAGACGUCAUGGUUCAGGUUCGAUCCACUCCUCUGGGUUCAGUCAUCCUCCCAGCAUCCCUCACACAGAACCUCACGGCAGAUCAGCAGCGGCUCGCAUCCAGAGUCCAGUUCAACUUCUUCCAGAAGAACACCUUCUUUCAGGACAAAGCACUGGGUGAACGUAAAAUAAACAGCGGGAUUGUGAGUAGCAGUGUGGCUAACCUGAGCAUCUCUGGUCUACAGAACAAAGUGCUGAUAACCCUGCGAAACACAGGGCCCAUUCCGGCUAACUAUGUAGCUUCCUGUGUAUUCUGGGACUUUGGAUUAAAUGGUGGCUCGGGCGGCUGGAGUAAAUCAGGGUGCGAGGUGCUGAAUACUUCAGCUGAAGAAACUCAAUGCGCCUGCAGUCACCUUACCAGCUUCGGUAUUCUGCUAGACAUUUCAAAGACUCCCAUCAGUGGACUGCAGGCUGACAUCCUGACAUACAUUACAUACAUCGGCUGUGGCAUCUCAGCCAUUUUCCUCUCUUUCACCCUUCUCACAUAUUUGGCUUUUGGUAAACUGCGCAAAGACAUCCCGUCUAAGAUCCUGAUUCAGCUGUGUUUGGCCUUGCUUCUGCUAAACCUGGUCUUCCUGUUGGACGCCUGGCUGGCUCUGUACCCAAAUGCCGUGGGCCUUUGCAUCUCCACUGCUUUUUUCCUGCAUUAUUUCCUCCUGGCAUCCUUUACUUGGAUGGCACUGGAAGCUGUCCACAUGUAUCUGGCCCUCGUCAAGGUGUUCAACACCUACAUCACCCGCUUUAUGGUCAAGAUAGGACUUGCUGGAUGGGGCAUUCCUCUCGUGGUAGUCAUAAUUGUCAUAGCCAUUAACAAAGACCACUAUGGCCUUGUGACAUACGGGAGGUUUGCAAGCGGAGCGACUGAUGAUUUCUGCUGGAUAAAAAACGACAUUGUCUUCUAUGUUGCUGUGGUGGCGUACUUCUGUCUCGUCUUCCUACUGAACUUUACCAUGUUUAUCGUGGUACUGAUCCAGCUGUGUCGCAUUAAGCGACAGAACCCUCACAAUGUGCAGAAUCGCAGCGGCUGGCAGGAGAUGCGCAGUGUGGCUGGACUCACCGUGCUCCUGGGCCUCACCUGGGGCUUCGCGUUCUUCGCCUGGGGUCCUGUUAACCUGGCCUUCAUGUACCUGUUUGCUAUUUUUAACACUUUACAAGGAUUCUUCAUCUUUGUGUUCCAUUGUGCCAUGAAAGAAAACGUCAGACGACAAUGGAGGACAUACCUGUGUUGUGGCAGCCUGAGGCUGGCAGAAAACUCUGAAUGGAGUCGCACAGCAACGCAAAAGAUAAAUAAAGCCAACAAAAAAAGAGGCUUUUCAUUCCGCUCUGCGAAUUCUAACAACUCUAGCUCGUCUUUCCUGAAUCAUGACACCUUGGUAUCUGAUACGCCAGUAGAUGUCAGCAACCCGAUAGACGACAGGACAAUAACUGCAGCUGAAGAGCCUAGCUCAGGUUCUGACGUAGUACUGAAUGAGCUCAAUGACCAGUACCGAGGUCAGAGGUCAUACUGAAUGAACUGAUCACAGCCGGUAUGAGUGUGUGUUCAUGUAUGUAAUGUAUGUGUGUGGUCUGGUCUAAUGGAACACGCUAUUUCACUGCUGUUUUAAACUUACAUAAAGUAUUGCGUGUUGUAUAUACAACCGAAAUCUUACUUCAAAUGAAGCACUUUAAUUGAUGCAAUUAAAUAAUGAAGCUACUGCAGUCGUGUAAAACCUUUUAACCCAACAACAGAAAUAUCUGAUGGUAUAGGUUGCAUAUUUUUUUUCUGUGAGUAGUUGGAUAAUUGUACAGUUGGAACAUUGGAUAGCUGUUUAUGAAAUGAAAUGAUGUGCUUAAAAUAUGGUUUCGAUGAUUUGAUUAUUUAAUAUAUAUAUCUAUGAGUCUGGGACACUCAGAAUAAUUUAUGUUGUCGCAUGUAUUUUAUUUUUGUAUUUUUAUAGCUUUUCAAAAUAAUAAAAUGUACAGCAUAAGAGUAUAACAAAAUAAAUACAAGUUGAGUGUC